CGCUGGUUUAAGGAUCCGCGAGGUCUGUAGCACAAAUAACAGCGGGGCCCCAUCCCAGGAUAUAUAUUUUGCAACCCCCUCGGGGAGAGAGGGAAAUGACCUGGGGAAAAUAAAUGUACACGUCACUGCAAGGCCGACUGAAGCGCAGGGACGUAGCAUGUGCUACAUGUGUUACUAGGAUAAAUUGGCCCUGCCUUCCCUGCCUUCAAUCUUAUCUUAUUUAUGGCUGUAGACAUAUAUUUAAGAUAGGGGUACAUAUUAUAGUUUUGGUAAUGAAUACAAAAUGCCAGACAUUCAUGACUAAUUUUUACUCUUUAAUUUUUUCAGACAUACAAAAGUGACAUCAUUUCUGGUCGAAUUGGUAAACAUUCUACGAGUGGCCUUGAAGUCAAAAUUGAAACUGUUGAGUGUGAUGAUCUGCAACCAUCAAUGACAACUGAAACUAUGUUGCAUUCACAGACCUCGUCACCUUUCCAACCCAUGUUGCAUCCGCAGACUAUGGACAAUUCACCGGCUGUGGAACAUUUGCAGUCUAUGUCGUAUCCACAGCCAGUGACACAUUCACAGACUGUGGCACAUUUGAAGCAUGUGGAAAAUUCACAGCCUGUGCAAGAUUUGAAGCCUGUGGCAUAUUUCAAGGUUGUGGAAAAUUUGAAGCCAGUGCAAGAUUUGAAGCCUGUGGCAUAUUUUAAGGCUGUGGAAAAUCCACACCCUGAGCAAGAUUUGAAGCAUGUAGCACAUUUCAAGGCUGUGGAAAAUUUACACCCUGUGCAAGAUUUGAAGCAUGUAAUACAUUUCAAGGAUGUGGAAAAUUCACACCCAGUGCAAGAUUUGAAGCCUGUGGCACAUUUCAAGGCUGUUGGAAAUUCAUACCCAGUGCAAGAUUUCAAGGCUGUGGAAAAUUCACGGCCUGUGAAAGAUUUGACGCCAGUGGCACAUUUCAAGACUGUGGAAAAUUCACAGCCUGUGAUACAUUUGCAAAUUGUGCGAAAUUCACAGUCAAAUUUGCAGCUUGUAUCACAUUCGCAACACAUAUCACAUUCACAGCCUGUGAUACAUUUGCAUCCUGUGUCACGUCAAACUGUGCCACCUUUACAACCUAUGUUACGUUUAAAAACAGUGCCAAAUGUACGACUAGUUUCUUUGGUCCAAACUCUGCCCCAGUUUCAUCUGGUUGUCAAGACAUUGCAAAAUCCUUCUGACAUACAGAUUGUACCAUACAAUAAGAGUACUAACACUAACAACCAGAGUGAAGCUGAACAUUUGGUAGUGGAGAAAGAUGAAGAAAAGACGGAGCUGUUAAAUAAUCAUGAAGAGUCGGAUCCGAAACCAGACUCUGAUGAAGAGAUGACUAAGAGUGUUAAGGAUGAAAUAUUAGACUCUUCUGAAUCAGACAUGGAGGUUAAAAAAGAAGAAGAGAGCUUGAACAAUUUGGCUAGAUAUGAAUCAUUGGAUGGGGAUUAUGUCAUCUUUAGAGAUGAUGAUGAUGAUGAAUGCAAAACCAGAAAAAGGAGGAGACAAAGCAAAACAUCGGAUGAUGAAGAUUAUCAACCAUCCAGUGGCGAAAAUGAAGAGGAGGAAAGUGAUGAUGAUGAUGAUGAUGAAGAUAGUGACUGUGAAAAAGAUUAUAUUUACCCUUGUGAACGCAAGCCUCUUGAUGAACUAGAACCAGAGGUCAAGAUCACAACCAUCACUGAAUAUUCAUGCACAUACUGUUUGCAGGUGUACUCGAAUAUGGAUGAUGCUAAAUCUCACAUUAUGACUCAUUACGAAUACCGCUGUGAAGACUGUGAUGAGAAGUUUCUGACAGAUCGACAGUUGAAUUCACAUAAAAGAAAUAGCCAUAAAACCGAACCACCAUCCAAUUUGCUUAUCUGUUUGUUUUCUGGCUGUGAACACAUGGAAAAAUCGAAGGAAGCCAUUUUAAGACACGUCCAAUCUGCUCACGCAGAUGAAAAAUCUUUUAUCUGUGCAUGGUGCUCGCGCUCUUCAAGGACUCUUGAUCAGUUCAAGAAACACAUACAGUCUGUUCAUUACUCCUCAUCUGGCCGCAGAUCUAACAAUGCGGACUGUCUUUGCGACACUUGUGGUGUUGCAUUUGCAAAUCUCAAGCACCUGAACCUACACUUGAGGAAAGUCCAUUCCAUCUCGAGCACACCGCAUGGUCGACUCUGCGACAUGUGUGGCCUGUUUUAUUCAAACCUGACCGAGCACAUGCUCACACAUGCAUUGCACAGUAUCCCUUGCAAGUUCAGCGGCUGCAGCGUAAAGUUCAAAUCGAUAUCUAAUAUGUUGAGCCACUAUAAACACGUUCAUAUGGGUGUCAGAAAACACCACUGUACCUUCGAAGGCUGUACAUAUAAUGCCAGAAAUAGAGUGCAGGUGAAAUCACAUAUUGAUACGGUUCACCUGAACAUUAGAAGAUUUCCUUGCACCUGGGAUGGUUGUGAUAAAAGUUUCUUUGAAAACAAGCAUCUUCUGGUGCACAUGCGCAUUCACUCGGAUAUAAAACCACUGAGCUGUGAUCUUUGCGACUACACCUGUCGACAGCGGGCUGCGUUGAACUGGCAUAUGAACAAAAAACAUGGUCAGGAGGCCGCUGAAAAGAAGAACAACUGUCAGCCUGUUCGUGGUAUUCCGGCCAUUAAUCAAGGCAGAAAACCUGGACGCAAAGCCAGAGGAAAGAAAGCAAAGAAAUCAACAGAAUAGUAGCCUUUUAAUCUGGAAACACUUCUUACACAGUUGCCAAACUUGACAAAAUAGUUUUCCUGUAAUUUUCAUAAUUUUGCCAGUAAGAUUGUAGACAUUUAAUUGAAAUCUAUAGUCUUUUGUAAAUAAUUUUAGUUUUGUUUGAUACAGGAAAAAAUAAAAGUGUUUUGGGAAUUUA